AUGGAUCCUGAGUACAGUCUCCAGGAUGUGGUACGGUGUCAUCUCUGUGAGAGUCCGAGCCCUUUAUUGCACUGUGACAUUUGUAACAAGCCUUUGUGUAAAGAAUGUGAGAGAAAACAUCUCACAGAUGGAUCCACAGAACAUAGAGUAGUACCAUUUAGAUUACGGAGAUGUAUCACUAAAUGUCAGAAACAUUCCUCACAAAUGUGUGAUCAAUACUGUAAACAAUGUAAGAUCCCUGUUUGUGCCUAUUGUGUAGAGAAUACAUGUAGGGGUCAUACAUUUAUUGAUGUUGUACAAAAACUUGAAAGACAAAAAAAUAUUUUACAAAAAGAUUUAGAAGAGCUCGAGAAAAAAAUUCAUCCUAGAUAUCUCAAGAUUGCAUCUAUCAUACAUGCUCAGAAAGCUUCUUUAAAUAAAAAUUCCAAGGAAUUGACAGAUACUAUUGAGAAACAUAAAGCGGACAUCCUCAUGAAAAUAGACCAUGUUAUCGAGGAAUUUAAAUCUGACAUUGAGAAUUUAAACUCACAAUUCCUGUCUGUCUUAAACAGGCAUGAUGAUGAAAUCAAACAUAAUCUAUCUGAAAUCACACAGUAUACUGAAGAACUGAAUUACCUACUGAUCUCCAAUGAUGUUAGCCUUGCCUCUGCCUUCAGAUCUAGGAAUGCUGAAUUCAAAAGAUUUCCUCCUGCACCCACAGUCGUCUUACCAAGUUUUACUCCUCAAAAUAUCAUCGACAAAAAACAAAUUUAUCAACAGUUAAUUGGUUCUUUGUCACUGACCUCUUCUAAAACGGAAGGUUUUCCCGGAGCUGAUCCUCAGUUUUCAACCUCAGAGGAACCAUGGAUCUCUACCAAUAUAGAUAUAAGGCCUAAGAAUGAAGAAUUAUGCACUGUGUCUUGUCUCACAAAUGAACGAUUAUGGACAUGCAAUUUAACUGACAGGAUGAUAAGACUCUACAACCUACAGGGAAAUUUAGUUAAGGAAAUUGAACCCAAGUCAGGGGACGGACCAUGGAACAUAGCAGUGUCAAAGAGUGGGGAUCUAGUUUUUACUGAUUACACAGAAGGAACGGUGAACAUAGUGCCGGAUACAGAGACAGAGACAGUUAUAAGUCUUCGGGGAUGGAGACCCCAUGGUGUCUGUACUACUUUAUUUGGAGACCUCUUGGUUGCCAUAACCAGUGAUGAUAAUGAACAUACAAAAGUUGUGCGUUACUCUAAUUUUACCGAGAAACAAAGUAUACAGUUCGAUGAUAAAGGUGAUCCUCUCUUUUCAUCUGGUUUGUACAACAUUAAAUUUAUCAGUGAAAACAGGAACCUAGAUAUAUGUGUAUCUGACAAUACAGCCAAGUCAGUAUUGGUGGUCAACCUGGCCGGGAAACUCCGGUUUACUUACUCUGGUUAUCCAACAACCAAGAAAUCAUUUUCGCCAGUUGAUAUUACUACAGACAACCAAAGCCGGAUCCUGAUAGCAGACUCUAAAAACCACUGUAUUCAUAUCCUGAAUAAGGACGGGCAGUUUCUCAGCUGCAUUGACAACUGUCAUCUAGAAUAUCCAUGUGGUUUAUGUGUAUACACUAACGACACUCUCUUUGUUACUGAAAUGUACUCUGGUCAAUUGAAGAAAAUCAAAUUAUGA